CAUUGACAAAGAAUGAAAGACGCGCUAUAUAUGUACGGUUUGCACCGGGACUUUCGAAGAUGUUGGUUAGUACACUUCAUUCACACGCUUCGUGCAUUUGUAUAUACCAUUUUCCCAUAUACAUACCGUGCAGUUGUCAAUCUGCAAUAUGCACAUCUCACUUACCACUCUCACUUUGUUUGCAUCCGCCGCCACAGCCUCAUACGUGAUCGAAGAUGACUACAGUUCGAAUUCUUUCGCCGGCAUGUUCGACUUCUUCACAGACAACGAUCCCACGAACGGUUAUGUCAACUAUAUCGACUACAACACAGCCGCGAGCUCAGGUUUGUACAAGGUAGAAAACGGGCAAGUAUACAUGGGGGUCGACUCGACGAACACUGCCUCCGGACGCGGCCGAAACAGCGUACGGAUAGCCAGCAAGAACACAUAUCAACACGGCCUUGUCAUCCUAGACCUUGCACACAUGCCUGCCGGUGCCUGUGGAACAUGGCCCGCCUUCUGGAUGCUCGGCGCCGACUGGCCCAACAAUGGAGAAAUCGACAUCAUCGAAGGUGUCAAUGGCCAAGCCGCCAACAACAUGGCCCUUCAUACCAAUGCCGGCUGCAGCAUCUCCAACACCGGAGCCUUCUCCGGCUCUCUGGAAACAGACAACUGCGACGUCCAGGCGGCCGGCCAAGCCUCAAACACGGGCUGUUCCAUCCGGAGCGGCGACGACAGCAGCUUUGGCGCCGGCUUCAACUCCAUCGGCGGGGGCGUCUUCGCCACCGAAUGGACCAGUGAAGCCAUCAGCAUCUGGUUCUUCCCCCGCGGAGGCAUCCCUUCGGACAUCACCAGCGGCUCCCCCGAUCCCACCGGCUGGGGUCUGCCGCAGGGCCAGUUUGCAGGAGCCUGCAACAUCGACGACAAGGUCCACAAUCAACAGCUCGUCUUCGACGUCACGUUCUGCGGCGACUGGGCCGGCAACGUCUGGAGCACCGACGCAGUAUGCAGCUCCAAGGCCUCGACGUGCCAGGCCUUUGUCCAGAACAACCCGUCCGCGUUUCAAGACACGUACUGGCUCAUCAACAGCCUGAAGGUGUACAGCGACAACGGCGCCGGUCCAUCCCAACCUCCCUCUUCAUCUUCCUCAUCCGUCCCGACUCAAACGACGGGCGGCUCGAGCUACACCAUCACCGGCACCGAGACGACCACGUUCGUCACCAUGACGACCUCUGGCGGCCUGUCCACAUUCACCACCCCCGGACCAACAACCGCAUACACCACCAUCACCUCGAUACCGAUCGAGACAACCCAACAACCGACCGUCGUACCCACGACGGCACCUCCGGUCCCCACCACCACGGAAUAUACCUCUGCGGUCGUCACGACAGCUGUAACUGCCCCUGCACCUGAAUCAUCAUCGCCGGACAACAACGACAACGGCGGCGGUGCCGGUUGGAACUGGGGAGGUGGCAAUGGUGGUGCCGGUGGUAACUGGGGGGGAAACAACGGCGGCGGACGAUUUGGUGGUGGCGGUGGCGGCGGCGGCGGAGGAUGGGGUCGAUGGGGACAGUGAUUGAUUCUGUCAAUGUCCUUGUCCGUUUCUUUUCUUUUCUCCAUCACACGCAUCAACUCUUCGAUUUGAGAUUUUAGCGACGACCACAUUGAUGACUACACACAACCCUUCGGUACGACAGGGUUCGGCGGGAUUUUGUUGCCUUGACACAACAACGGGGUGGCGUUUUUGGGGAGGGUUGCAUCAAAGGAAAGGAAGGAAGGGAAUGUCUGGUUUGGUUUUUUUCUUUUUUUAAUCAACAACCUUUGUAUUUACGGGGGUUAUACGACAAUGGCGAAAAAGGGACAGGGAAAAAAAAGGAGGUAAUGGAUGGAAACGUCGCGAUACGAUACCCCCACCCCGAACCAUGGGUGGUACCUAUUUAAUGAGACCACACAAAGAUGACGAAACAAUGAGAACAGUAUAAUAUAUAUACACACACACACACAUACACCCCCACACCUACAUACCACGUACCACGUACCUUGUGGGCACGAAGAACGAAACGCGUAUGAUAUAGAUACACCCAUAUAUACACCAACUUGGUCAAUGAAUAUGAGAAACAAAAAUACGAGACGCAAUACAAAUAAAUAUAGCCUGUUCCGAGUUCUGUCGUCAUGGAAGAAGUUGAAAAGAAAAAGUCCCAUAGAGGAAACGUCUAGGACCAUAUAACACCCAAGUAGGUAUACAGCAUAGAACACGCGCGGCGCGAGCAUGAGAAACUGCAAAGACAGCUUACGUAGUUACUCGUGUUCAUCAUGUCCUGCCGGAUACAGGCAAACAUCGUUCUAUCAGAGAGAAUGCCCAUCCGAAAAAAGUACUUUUUCAAAAUUCUGGAUGACCGAGAGAGUCCUCCCACAAGCCUCCAAGGUGGUGUCGUACAGUACACACAUAUGCUACAAAAGAAGUACCUAAUACAAG